GGUCAGUAAGAUUAAGCUCGAGGCUCCAAAAGGGUCGGGAGCUUUUCUGGUCAAGAAUCUGUACCUCUCUUGUGACCCUUACAUGAGGGGCCGUAUGCGUGAUUUUCGUGACUCAUACAUCCCCCCCUUUGUCCCCGGUCAGCAAAAGACCAUGAAGAUUUACCACAGGAGAAGCACGUUUGGUUCUUACCCUCUGUUAAAUUAGCCAUUCCUUACAAGAUGAACUCAGGCGUGGCAGUAUUUUACGAAGAAUUUUGCUUCAAUUGUGUUAAUGUGGAGGCUGGGACAUGGGGAGAGUGAGCUUGCUGUUCCUGAGCUUGUGGUAAUUCAUAAUGAAAAUACUGUUCAUCAACUUUUUUUCCAUCAUCUUUUAUCGGCCUUGAAUGCGAUAAAAGGACGAUGGUUAAAAGAAUGAUUAGUAGCAUUAGUCAAACGAUAUAUCCAAAGUUUGAGAUUGAUGGCAUUAUGAAAUUUAUUUUGCUAUGAAUUGAAAAUAAAUUCAUGAUUUCAGAUAUUGGGCUUUUUCCAUUAGAAAUCCAUUAACUGAACGAUGAUUUGACUUGUAUUGAUGAACGUUUAUGCUCCAAGUAAAUCUCUGUUCAUUCAACUUCAUCUAUGUUAAAUAACCAAUUGUCGCAAAAUUUAAGGUUAUAAAAAGGGAUAAAUUUAAUCAUUUAAUUUAUAUGCUGACACUCCUCCCAUGUAAGCCAAACUUCCCCUUAAUAAGUGGGCUUGACAAGUAGAAUAUUUAAUUGAGAUAGACAGUAUAUUGUCCAUUCAAAUUUCGAACUCGGAAGAUCUACUUUCAUACCAUGUUAAAUCACCAAUUGUAUUAAAAGUUUAAGCUAAUUGGAAGAUAUAAAUUUAGUCAUUCAAUUUAUAUGCUAACAAGCUACAUUAUCCCUGGAAAAAUUGGAGCCAUUGGACAUGUUAACUUUACUGAGAUGUUGUUUGACAUUAAUAAGUUCCCAUUAUGAUGGUAGUUAAUUUUGGGCCAUUUUCAGACUAAUGUCAAAUGCUUAUCUCCAUUCACAGUAAGAAGAAUCAUCUGCAUGCUCACUUAUCUUUUCCACUUCUUUAUCUAUUAAUCAUUUACAUGCUUUUCACCGGCACUUAAAUUGAUCAGCUUUGAUCUGACAAAAUAUGAUUGUCAACGUACUGCAACCUUAUCUGCAGCUUUAAAAUCACUGUAAGUAGUGACCAGUAUGGUAGCAAUCAAUUAUAGUAUGAUCUUUUUCUCAUAUUAGUCCUCGUAAGUAGGUCAUUAUCAAUAAAUAUUGUUUCUACUAAUGUCUUAUGGAACAAUAAUUUGUUCUCCACAAUUUCUGACAAUUAUGUACUUGGAUGGAGCCCUUGGAAGGAUUUGGCGUAUCCCAAGUUAUAGAUUCUGAUAAUCCAGAUUUCAAGCCUGGUGAUUUAGUUUCAUUGAUUACUGGCUGGGAAGAAUACAGCUUGAUUCACAGAACUGAGCAGUUGAGGAAAAUUCAGCCAGAUGAUAUUCCUCUCUCAUACCAUGUUGGUCUUCUUGGUAUGCCGGGUUUUACUUCUUAUGCAGGAUUCUUUGAGGUCUGCUCCCCUAAGAAAGGGGAAUUUGUCUAUGUAUCUGCAGCUUCUGGAGCCGUUGGUCAGCUUGUUGGCCAACUUGCCAAGUUGCAUGGUUGCUAUGUAGUUGGAAGUGCAGGCACAAGCAAAAAAAUUGAUAUACUGAAGAAUAAACUUGGAUUUGAUGAUGCGUUCAAUUACAAGGAAGAAAGAGACCUUGAUGCAGCACUGAAAAGGUACUUUCCGCAAGGCAUUGACAUCUACUUCGAUAAUGUGGGUGGGGAAAUGCUGGAUGCAGCACUUCUUAACAUGAGGAUUCAUGGCCGAAUUGCUGUUUGUGGGGCGGUGUCCCAGCAGAGUUUCUCUAAGCCAAGAGGGAUUUUUAAUGGGUUCAAUCUCAUAUCAAAGCGCAUCAGGAUGCAAGGAUUCUUGCAACAUGAUUACUUACACCUAUACCCUCGCUUCUUGGAGGAUGUGAUCAGUAACUAUAAGCAAGGGAAGAUCGUUUACAUCGAAGACAUGAAUGAGGGCUUGGAUAGUGCUCCAGCUGCCUUUGUUGGGCUAUUUUCUGGCAAAAAUGUUGGUAAGCAGGUCAUUCGAGUAGCCCAUGAAUGAUUAUUGCCCAAAAUCAUUUACAACCAUUAGUGUUAUUCCUAUUUGGGAGUAUUUAAUUCUGGGAGUUUUAGUCCCCAUUAGUAAAGGACUGGACUAACUUUCUUCUAGUUGAAAGUCCAGAAUAGGGAUUUUGAAGUGAAUUUAGAGCUUCAUGAACCCUGAGUGAAAUGAUCUUCCACGAAUACCUUAAAUGGAUCAUUGAAACAAAAGUGCAUGGUAUCAAUUCAAGUUAUCACU